UGUUUCCAAAUUUCGAAUUAAACAAGGUCACAAUUUAUUAUUCAAAUUAGUGUGUAAACGUUGACGAAAAAUGCAUGUACAAAAUCACCACACCCCUCCAAAACCUCGCCAUGGGGACAGAUUCAUCCCCAUCAGGGCUGGAAAAACGUGGGAAUCUUUCCCCAUGAUUUCGCCCCCUUCUUCUUCAAGCAGCCUCAAAUUGUCCAAGCCAGGAGAUGCCAACAAUCGAUCGCUUGGCCCGCGGAAUGAAAAUCUCUCGGAAAAUAACGCCACGGAGAACGAUAGACCCCGAAUUUAUGCGAGUCUACUGAAAAAUGAAGUUCUUGGCGAUCAGAUUGACGACUGUGGUGUGUUGACCCCUCAAAGUAGAGUGACCCCGAGUAGAAGACUAUUUAAUUUUGAUAGCUCCGAAAGAACAAAUUUCCUCAACUCGCCAUCGUCACCGUACUCUCUUUCGCCAAUUAGUCCAAAUUCGGCGCAGCUUUUACAACAACGUUUUUGUCCACCGGCUGCCAGGAAAAUUUCAAAAUACCCUUUUAAACUGAUCUUCGCCCCCACAUUAAGUGACGACUUUUACCUGCACUUGGUCGACUGGUCAGCCCAAGACGUCCUCGCUGUCAGUUUAGAAUCCUACGUCUACCUCUGGUCCCUUUCCGCGGUGAAUGGCAAUGUAGUCAAGCUGUGUGAAAUUGGUGGAGGAGAUACCGUAACGUCGGUGGCUUGGAAUGAAAAGGGAACCCAACUCGCCGUUGGGACGCACACCGGCCUCGUCCAAAUCUGGGAUGUCACUACAAAAACGUUACUGACCUCGAUUUGGGGUCAUUCCGCCCGCGUCGGAGUGAUGGCGUGGUCUGAAGGAGGCAACGUUAUCUCAACCGGGUCGAAGGACUGCUCGAUAAGUGAGUCCGACCUCCGGGAACAUCGCCACAUGCUGGACAAACGGCGGUACGGUCACCUCGAAGAAGUCUGCGGGCUCGCGUGGUCUCCGGAUAACGAGUUUUUAGCGUCUGGCGGGGGCGACGGUCGUGUCAACGUGUGGAAUCGACAUUUCUCCAAACCCGUCCAUACUUACACGGAGCACACCGCCGCCGUCAAAGCGAUUGCAUGGUCCCCGCAUCACCACGGCCUGCUCGCGAGCGGGGGAGGAACGGCGGAUCAGAAGGUGCGAUUUUGGAAUACGGCGAUGGGUCAGGAAAUCCGGUGUGUCCCGAUGGGCUCUCAAAUCUGCAAUUUGGCCUGGUCCAAACAUUCCCAGGAGUUUGUGACGACGCAUGGUUUUUCGGGGAACAAUAUUUCAAUCUGGAACUACCCAUCGUGCCAGCAGGUCGACGAGUUGAGGGGACAUUACGACCGGGUUUUGUACAUGUCCAUGUCCCCCAGUGGGGAGGACAUCGUGACCGGAGCGGGGGAUGGGAGGCUCAAGUUGUGGAAAGUCUUCAGGAAAGGGAAACCAAGGAAGGAAAGGGUGAAAUCGAGGCUUAGUUUGUAUGACAAGAUUAGAUAGGACUUGUUAAUUAGUAUACAUAUUUUCUAAAAAUGACUAUGUAUUGACAAGACAAUGUUACAUAAUAUUUACAUAAAUGCUGAGAUGCCAAUAAAAUCUAUUUAGAGAUAUAUAUUUCGCAUGGAA